GCCUCUCGGUCACGUGAUUGUAACCCGGAAAUAUUUUAACAUGGCUAAAUGGUCGCAGUCACGGUUUAAAAUGUAAAAAGAAUACACGCGAGGAUUAAAAAAAGGUGAAAUAUGAAAUAUAGACAUGUGUGGGAAAAAGAUGUUUUAAAUUUAUGUCGCGACCUCCUCGCUACCUCGCUCGCUACUACUGGCAAUUGUUGUUGUUAGCAUGUGCUAGCAAUGGAGCGAGUCUCCGGUCUUUGUUCCUCUUCCUCCGCCUCGCUCAGAGUUGAACCCCCGCACAAGUCGGACGGCCCCGCCUGCGACGCACACUUGGACGACGCCUUCGGGGACCUGGCGGCGCUUCCGGUCGAGGUUAGCGAGAGGAGACCGACGUGUCUGCGGUGCCGUCGCCCGCAGAAGGUGUGUCUCUGCCCCUUCCUUCCGACACAACCCCUGGACGUGUCCACAUGUUUCUACAUCGUGCAGCAUCCUGCAGAGGAGAGCAGAGUUCUACGCACGGUGCCGCUCCUGGCUGCAUGUUUGCCACCGGGGAAGUGCAACGUCAUUGUCGGACGGCGCUUCAACGACGUCAAGAACCCAGAGCUGGCCGACGUGUGCCGGGACGGCCGGACUCUCAUACUGUACCCAGGCCCCCAGUCCCAGAACCUGGAGGAGCUGAUGCAGCGUGGCGAAGAAGAGGGCGCCGCGCCUCAUAACGUCAUCAUCAUCGACGGCACCUGGAGCCAGGCCAAGAACAUUUUCCUCAAAAACAGCAUGUUGCACCUCCCCAAGCAGGUGCAGCUCAGCAGGACUCUGUCCAGCCAGUACGUGAUACGGACUCAGCCCUCCAACAUCUGUCUGUCCACGCUGGAGUGUGCUGCCGUCGCUCUGUCCAUCCUGGAGCACAACGACGUCUUCCAAGAGGUCCUGCUGAGGCCCCUGAAGGCCCUGUGCUCCUUCCAGCUGCAGCACGGCGCCCAGGUGCACCACAGCAAGGAGCACCUCCUGAAGAACGGCAUGUACGACAAAACCAUGCCCAAGAACAAGCGCAAGAUCAAGAGGCUGGAGAAGCUGCUCACCGAACACAACUGUCUGCUCAGAUGAGCUCCAGAAAACUAAAACUAAAACAUUAAGCGGGACAAACACCUUUUUCGGGGACACUUUUUUUCUUUCAGGGUUUUUUUUUUUUUGGUUUUAUGAAAAUAAAUCAUGUUUUAGUAGCACUUAA